CUCCACCUAACUCUGUGGGCGCUUUAUUUUUCACCAGUGGUUGUAGCUGGUGGAACUGGAAAAAGUUUGGUGAAUCAAAACCCAUUAUAAAAUUCUUCAAAUCCCACCAAAAAAUCGAAACCCCAUUUGAUUUUUAUCAAGGUUUUUGUUUGGGAAGAAUCGUUUAAAUGGACUUCUUACAGUCUUUGGAUCCUCAAAUCCUUCUGGGUCUCGCUGUGGCUGUUUUAGCCAUUGCCGUUGGUGCUCUCUACGUAUUAUCCUCGCCCAGAAAAACCAAAUCUGGAGGUUGCUUGGAUCCAGAGAUUUUCAAGGAGUUUAAACUUAUCAGGCGUCUGCAACUGAGCCAUAAUGUGGCGAAGUUUACAUUUGCCCUCCCCAGUCCUACUUCAGUUCUGGGUCUUCCCAUUGGACAACAUAUAAGUUGCAGGGGCAAGGAUGGCCAAGGUGAGGAGGUUAUCAAACCGUACACACCUAUUACUUUGGAUUCUGAUGUUGGAUAUUUUGAAUUAGUCAUAAAGAUGUAUCCCCAAGGAAGGAUGUCACACCAUUUCCGACAGAUGCGCGUAGGCGAUUUUCUUGCUGUAAAGGGUCCCAAGGGGCGUUUCAGGUAUCAAACCGGCCAGGUCAGAGCAUUUGGGAUGCUUGCUGGAGGCUCUGGCAUUACUCCUAUGUAUCAAGUUGCUCGAGCAAUAUUAGAAAAUCCAAAUGACAAGACGAAGGUACAUCUCAUUUAUGCCAAUGUCACCUAUGAGGACAUUCUUUUAAAGGAGGAGUUGGAUCUUCUUGCCAAAAGGUACCCAGAUAGCUUCAAGCUCUACUAUGUGUUAAACCAGCCUCCUGAAGCGUGGGAUGGCGGUGACGGAUUCGUAUCGAAGGAGAUGAUUCAAGCCCACUGCCCUGCUCCUGCUUCUGAUAUUCAGAUUUUAAGAUGUGGGCCACCACCAAUGAACAAGGCCAUGGCUGCUCAUCUUGAAGCUCUUGGAUAUGCACCUGAGAUGCUGUUCAUGUUCUGAUUUUUCCUCAAAUUCUUCACAAGAGCUAAGCAUCAUUUUUUCCACUUCUAAAUUUUGAAAAUUUCAAACUUCUGUCUUAAUUUAGAACUCAAGAUUUAUGUACUGAAGAGGAUGUUUCCUUAGCCUCUUCUAUUUAACAAUGUUGUGGAAGUAUGAUGCCAUCAAUAACGGUUACUUCUAGCAGUUAGAGCCAAUGAUAAUGAGAGUCUUUGAAGUUUGUCUUUUUUUGAUAUCUAAA